AAAAAAUUUAUAUCGACUCAUUUUCUUCUUCCUUCUCUCUCUUACCCGAUAAUAUCUCUGCAAGGCGAGAUCGACCUUCUCUGCUUAAUUUGAGGAGAUGGAUAGUUAUCUGAGGUGAUCGGACGUUUUAUCAUCAUCUCUACCGUUGCCGAGUGUCAAUGUCGACUGUGGUGCAGCUAAUCGGCCAGUCGAUUCAUGGAAAACGGGUUCUCUUGUGUCUCGCUAUAGAUAAGCGAAGAUAGUGCUGGUGGAUCGAGGUUCUGGUGAGAGCUAACUUUGAGUUUUUAAAGAAACUUGGUGUUGAUUGGUGGUGUUUCCAUGACAGAGAUAUAGCACCUGAUGGCAGUACACUUGAGGACUCUAACAGAAACUUGGAGUUACGCUGCUGCUCAAGUGAAGAAGGCAAUGGAGGUGACACAUUACUUGGGCGGUGAAAACUACCUUUUCUGGGGUGGCCGUGAAGGUUAUCAGACGCUCUUGAACACUGACAUGGGAAAAGAGCUUAAUCAUCUUUUUGGUCAGGGAGACCAUGGUAGACUUGUGAUCAGUUUGGUCGGGUCAACAAAUGGCAACAACUAGAGAAUUCAAGCAAGAUGAUUUGAUUAAGCAUAUAUGGCAAAAGUUUGGCACAAUUCAAGAUUACAACUAAUCUAUUAUCACAUUUAUGAUUUGUAUUCCUAUUUUUACUAUGCUUUUAUAAUUUGUAAGUUUAAAACUUAAUGUUUAAAAAUUUAUGAAAUGCUGUUAUUUCUCA